CAAUUAGGUUUGAACACAAGACAGCAGCACAAGACUUACACUAAACUGAAUCACGAAGCGCUAUUGUUUUCAUAUCAAUGUCGUUUUCCAAUUUGAGAUGUCUUGUUUUCUCUCUUUUUAUUCCCAAUUUUCGACGUUCAAACCCUAAAAUCAUUCCUAAUUUUCAUCACUCAAACCCUAAAUUCAUUCAUCACUUUCCAUUUUCAAACUCAACAAGAAGGUUGUACUCUCGAUUACAUGAAGAAGAAGAAGACGAAGACACACUCGUUUCCUCAUUCAAUCGCUUGCUCAAUCAGAAUCCUACCCCACCCAUCAUCCAUUUCGGUCAGAUUUUAGGUUCCCUUGUUAAGGCCAACCAUUACUCCACUGCUGUUUCACUUCAUCGACAAUUGGAAUUAACAGGAAUUGCUUCAAACUUAGUCACCUUGAGCAUCUUGAUCAAUUGCUUUUGUCAAUUGGGUCAUAAUUCUCUUUCUUUUUCUGUAUUUGCCAACAUUCUUAAGAAAGGUUUUCACCCAAAUGCUGUAACUUUGACUACAAUCAUCAAGGGUCUCUGUCUCAAAGGUCAAGUCCAUCAAGCAUUGCACUUUCAUGAUAAGGUGGUAGCGCUUGGAUUUCAAUUGAAUCACGUUAGCUAUGGGACGCUUAUCAACGGAUUAUGUGAAGUUGGAGAAACAAGAACAGCCCUACAGUUGCUCAGACGAGUUGAUGGGAAAUUGGUUCAACCUAAUGUGGUAAUGUACAACACAAUUAUUGAUAGUAUGUGCAAAGAUAAACUUGUCAAAGAUGCUUUUGAUUUAUAUUUUGAAAUGCUUGCUAGGAGAAUUGCUCCCGAUGUUGUCACUUACAAUGCUUUAAUUAGUGGCUUUUGCAUUGUUGGUAAAUUGGAAGAGGCAAUUGCUUUGUUUAAUAACAUGAUUUUGGAAAACAUCAACCCCAAUGUCUAUACCUUUAGUAUAUUGGUUGAUGCAUUUUGUAAGGAAGGAAAUGUGAAAGAAGCCAAAAAUGUGUUUGCUAUGAUGAUGAAAAGAGGCAUAAAACCUAACAUUGUUACUUAUAACUGUUUAAUGGAUGGAUAUUGCCUAGUGAAAAAAGUGAAUAAGGCCAUGGAUAUAUUCAACACUAUGACCCAGAGAGGAGUGAGUGCGAAUGUUCGGAGCUAUAAUAUCAUGAUCAAUGGACUGUGUAAGAUUCAAAUGGUUGAUGAAGCUAUGGGUCUCUUCAAAGAAAUUCGUUGUAGAAAAAUUAUUGUUGAUACUAUAACUUAUAAUUCUCUUAUUGAUGGCUUAUGCAAAUCAGGGAGAAUCUCAUUUGCUCAUGAGCUUCUUCAUGAGAUGUGCGAAAGAGGUCAACUACCUGAUACAAUUACCUACAAUUCUAUAUUGGGUGGUUUAUGCAAAAAGUAUCAUGUUGAAGAGGCAAUUGCGUUGUUAAGAAAAUUUAAAGACCAAGGUAUUCAACCAAAUUUGUGUACAUAUACUAUUCUUAUUAAUGGACUGUGCCAAAGUGGAAGGCUUAAGAAUGCACAAGAGGUUUUUCAAAAUCUUUUAAUCAAAGGCUACAAUCUAAAUGUCUAUACUUAUACCGUUAUGAUCCAAGGGUUGUGUGGCAAGGGUUUGUUUGAUGAAGCGUUGGCGUUGCUAUCAAAAAUGAAAGACAAUGGAUGUGUUCCAGAUGCUGUAACUUAUGAAAUAAUCGUCCGUUCAUUAUUUUAUAAAGGUGAACAUGAUAAGGCAGAGAAACUUCUUCGUGAAAUGAUUGCGAGAGGUCUUCUGGAAAAUUGAAAUUAGAUUAGCUUCAAGAAAUGUUGGCAUUAACAAUCCAUUUGUUACUAUGGCCAAAAUAUUUUACUGCAUGGAAUCUGAAAAAGUGCCUGAAGGCUUCAUCGAUUUUUUAAAGUGGAAAUUCAGAACAUACGAAACUGUUCCUUACACUAAACGAUCACGUUAUCUUUAUCUAUCCAUGGCUUUAGAGAGAAAAGGCGGUGAGAAGCAGUUUGAAGAAUUCAAACAAAGUUUCCUAGGAGAAGCAUUGUUGCCUCCUUUACAUCCACAUACUGUCCGGGCUACAAAGAUUCUCAAUAAUAUUUUUGAUGCAUUGCAGACAGAGAGGAACAAAAUGAGGUCUGCUUCUGAUUAUAGCUUUUUGCAACUUGUUUGGUUGCGUCUUAUUCGAAGGCCACCUCCUUCUAUGUCGCAUUUGGAUGGAUUAAAUUGGGAGAUUUUGGUUGUCAAUGCUUCUGAUUUAACUUGCCAAUGUUACCCCGGUGGGAAGGUGAUUCUAUCCGAGGUUGCCAUUCACCAUUUUUCAACUGAUGCAGAGAUUGCAACUUUUAUUUCACACGAGGUUGCACAUAUUGUGGCUCGACACAUUGCAGAAAAAGUUGUAAAAGUAAAGAGUGUGUGGACUUUAAUUGUGCAUAUGGUGCUUGAGAAAUUUAUCAGCAUUGAUUAUUAUAAGCAAGUGUGGCCACUUGUCUCAAGACUACCUUUCAACCGACGGUUUGAAAUCGAAGCUGAUUACAUCGGGCUUCUACUAAUGGCAGCAGCUGGCUAUGAUCCUCGGGUGGCACUUAAAGUAUACGAAAAGAUUGGAACAUUAGAAAGACAUGACAACGAUUCUAUGCUUACACGUUUUUUCGUUACCCAUCCUUCAGGAAGAAAAAGAGCCAAAGCAUUGGCUCGGCCCAAGAUAAUGAAAGAAGCUCUUGUUUUAUAUAAUGACGUAACCACAAGGUGUGGGGUUGAAUGAUUUCAUUCUAUAGGACUGCACAUUCACCAUGUCCACAAACUACAAAUUCAUGUAGUUGAAGCCUGUCAUAAAUAUUAUGUUUUCAAUUCUAGUUUAAUUUCAUCUAUAUUUGCAAUUAACUUCUAUGUUUGUUUCAGUUUCUAUUGAAUUCAGCAUGUUAAAGAAACCUAGUACCACCAUAAAUACUCAACUGCAUCUCGUGCUAAAGUUCGUAGUGAUUUAAUUAAAACUAGCCUAACCUAUUUCGUUAAAGAAAACAUUAUUUGCUAAACAUGACAACCUAUUCAAAUUGUGAGUAAAA